AUGUCAACGGCCGAGGUCCUCUCGGGGCUCUCUGACUCCGCCGAGGAGACCGUGGACCUGUCAGCCAGCCUGAGCCAGCUGGAGCUGUCGGGCGAGGUGGUGGAGCGCCCACAGGGCGUCGGAGGAGACGACCUCUCGGGCCACCUCUCCGACACGGCCGACCUGUCGACCAGCGGCCUUCACCUCGGCAGCCACUUUGAGCCGGCGCUGCCACCCGAUGCGCCAGCUCGGGCGGCGCAGCGCGAGGAGGCGAAAGAGAAGAUGGCGGUCGAGCGGCGUGCCAAGAGGGAGGCGUCGAGGCGAGCGGCGACAUGA